AUGGGAUUCUUAAAAGUCAAAGGAACGAAAAUUGUUGAUGAGAACGAAGAGCUAGUAGUUCUCAAAGGUGCAGCUACUGGUGGCCACCUUAAUAUGGAGAACUUCAUUACUGGUUAUCCUGGGCAUGAAACCGAACAUAAAAAGGUUAUAGAAGAUACAAUUGGUAAGGAGAAAUGUGAUUUUUUCUUUGAUAAAUUCUAUGAAUACUUCUGGACUGAAGAUGAUGCUAAGUUUUUCAAACAAUUGGGAUUGAAUUGUUUGAGAAUUCCCUUCAAUUACAGACAUUUUCUUGAUGAUGAAGGGGACUUGUUUGAUGUGAAGAGCAUAGGAUUCAAAAGACUAGAUGCAAUAAUUGAUACAUGCUCCAAACAUGGCAUCUAUACAAUUUUAGACUUGCACUCAACUCCUGGAGGCCAAAACCAGGACUGGCAUAGUGAUUCAGGAAUCCAUAAAUCUCUUUUCUGGGAGUUUAAAAUUUUUCAAGAUGCUAUAGUCAAUCUUUGGAUCAAAAUUGCAACCUAUUAUCAACAUCAUGAAUAUGUUGCAGGGUAUAAUUUCUUAAAUGAACCUGCAGUCUCAGAUCACAGCAAGUUGGUCAAAUACUACGAAAGAUUGGAAAGAGAAGUAAGAAAAGUUGAUCUGAACCAUAUUUUAUUUCUCGAUGGUAAUACCUAUGCCAUGGAUUUCCGUCAAUUCCCCAAGGAGGUUCUACCAAAUACGGUAUAUGCUAUUCACGAUUAUUCUCUCUUUGGUUUCCCUUCAAACGACGAGGAUUUAUACAAAGGAAAUAAGGAACAAAAAGAAAAGCUCAAAAGUCAAUUUGAACGUAAAAUUGAGUAUAUGAGAGAUCGUAAUGUCCCUGUUUGGAAUGGAGAGUUCGGUCCAGUAUAUGCGUCUGAUUUUAGAGGAGACAAAAAUCCUGACUCGAUUAAUUCAGCACGCUAUCAAGUUCUAAAGGAUCAACUAGAAGUAUAUAAAACUGGAGAUCCUUCAGGGGAUAAUUCUCCCAUUAGUUGGUCUAUCUGGUUGUAUAAGGAUAUUGGGUUUCAGGGUAUGACAUAUGUAUCCCCAGACUCAAAGUGGUACAAACUUUUUGGGAAGUGGCUCGCAAAGAAGAAAGAUUUAGGUCUUGAUAGAUGGGGAAAUGAUAUUGAUCCAAAGAAUGCCAAGUUAUAUACUGACUUAGAAAACCAUAUAUUGUCCAAUAUUCCUGAAAAACACCAUAAGGCACUUUACCCGCAUCAUUGGACAAUAAGAGACUAUCUUGCCAGAGUUACCAAUGAAAUGUUGUUUAGUCAAUAUGCGCAACACGAAUAUGCAGAUCACUUUAAAGAUUUAAAUUUCGAUGAAUUAGAUGAAUUAGCAGCUUGUUUUAAAUUCGAAAACGUUCAAAAAAGAGAAGAAUUGAACAGCAUUUUAAGUGACUAUUAA